AUGUUAUCCGAUAGCCAAAAAAUCGGUGUUGGUCUUACUGCAGUCGGCGUAUUGUUUAUGCUCAUGGGCGUGUUUACAUUCUUUGAUGCUGGUCUGCUUGCCAUGGGAAACAUCCUUUUUCUUUCAGGCAUCACCUUGACGAUUGGCAUGCAGCGUACGUUGACCUUUUUCGCGCAAAAAAACAAGAUCCGUGGUACUAUUUGUUUUAUUGGCGGCAUCGUGCUUGUGUUUUGUCGAUGGGCUAUCAUUGGUAUUGCUAUUGAAUUGUUUGGCAUCUUGAACUUGUUUGGUGAUUUCUUCCCUCUUGUCUUUGCUUUUCUUCGUCGAUUACCCAUUAUUGGAUCCGUAUUGAGUCAUCCAGGCCUUACCAACGUAUUCGAUCGAUUCUAUGGACCAGCGCUUCCGGUCUAA